AUGGACACUGAGGAACAAGCGCCGUUUAAUGUGAAUCCACCAGCAUCGGGUUUCUCGGUUGUGGCUGGACCUAGUUCUUUCAGUGGAUUUGGCGAGCAACGUACGAUGGUUACGCUUAAAAGUAAUACUAGCGCGAAUCCAUUUUCAAACAACAAUAAUGGAAGUGGAGGGUUUGGCUUUGGAGGCUUUGGAGGCUUUGGUCAGAACACUUCAUAUUCGAAUCCUGUUGAAGAAAAAAAAGUUACUUCUUUCAGCGGGUUUGGAAACCCUAGUCUUCCGAAUGCUUCGGAUUCUACCAAAGGUUUUGGGUUUGGUUUCGGAAGCGUUAGUAAUGCUUCAGAUCUUGGUGAGAAAAAGGAUACAUCAACUUUUGGAGGGAUAGGGGGUUCUUUUAGUCUGAAAGUUAGUCCGAAUGCUUCAAAAACUGUUAAGAAAAACAAAGAUAAAGUUUCACCUUUUGGACAGGGUUCGCUUAAUAAUAAUAAUAAGUCAAGUUUGUUCGGAGGUCUUAAUCCGAAUGCUUCUGAUUCUACUAAAGCUUUUGGAGGUUUUGGAAAUGUUAGUAAUGUCACAGAUUCUAGUGAGAAAAAAAAUGUUUUUGGUGGGGGUUCUUUUGGUAGAUCAGGUUUUGGAAAUGUUGGUCCGAAUGCUUCAGAUUCUACUGAUGGAAAGAAAGCUAAAGCUUUUGGCAGUGCGUUUGGGUCUGGAAAAAGUAAAUCGAAUGCUGGAAACAAAGAUGGUGCACAGGGUUUUGGAUUUGGGACAAGGUAG